UCUCUGUAACAUCCGCUGUAUGAAGAAUGAGUGCUCUGUAUUAGCUGAAGACGGCAUUUUAAUCGUGUUGCUCGUCGUUUCAUUUAAAAAUAGCAACAAUGUCUUCAGUUGAAUAUCUGAGAGUGUUAAUCAACCAGCGACUCACUGCCGCGGCGGACGAAAUAUUCGGACUUUUAAAGACAACUAUUGUCGAGUACGAGGAUGAGAUCGACCGUCAGCGCGGAUUGUUGGAGAAUAUUUGGAAACCCGACUUGAAAUUAUACAGGAUAAAACUCCCACAGGAAAGUGUCUGUGAGGAGGAGGAGGAGGAGGAGGAGGUUCUCUCUGAGCAGCAGCUUCUCUAUGAGAAGCAGCUCUGUAUUCAGGAGAGGAGCUUCAGUCUGGACCAAGAGGACCCAGAGCCUCCACAGAUUAAAGAGGAACAGGAGGAACUCUGCACCACUCAGGAGGGAGAGCCUCUUGAGCUGAAGCAGGAGACUGAGGCCUUCAUGUUGACUCCUACUUAUGAGCAAAGUGACCACAGUGAAGAUCAGUAUAUGUACUUCAAUCCCGAUGACACAGUCGACAUACCAGUCAUAGGCUCUUUGGUAACAGAGUCAAACACGAACCGCCAGCUCCUGUCACACAACUGUCACAGUGAAUCAGAAGCAGCAAGUGACCACCAGUUCCUCUCCUACAUCUCUCAUGGAGCUGACAGCCACGAUCAGACUGGAUCAACUAUAAAUGCAGAGCUAAGAAACAACUUAAACGUGUUUAAGACUCCACCGUUCAAAUGUGACACGUGUGGCAAGUCAUUUCAGUUUAAGUCCAAUUUGUAUGCGCACAAUAAAAUCCACACAGAUGAGAGGCCCCAUUCUUGCAACGUCUGUGGAAAAAAUUCAGACAGAUGUCGGUAUUGAAAGCUCAUACAAGAAUCCACACGGGAGAGAAGCCGUACUCUUGCGAAACAUGUGGGAGAGAUUUCAGAUUUAAUAGUGGCUUGUUGGUUCACAUGAGAACACACACAGGUGAGAAGCCCUUUCCUUGCAAAAUAUGUGGCAGAGAUUUCAGGUUUGGUGGUGAUUUGAAAGUCCACAUCAGAAGAGCCCACACUGGUGAGAAACCACAUCACUGCCAAACCUGUGGAAUGCAAUUCUGCGAAGUGAUUGAAUUGACAAGGCAUGAAAGAAUGCAUCAAGACCAAUAGCUUUGUAUUUGAACGCAUACAAGUGAGGACCCACAUAAAUGCAGCACUUGUACUUUAAACCACUGCAGAAAUGUUCAAUUCAGUUUUUCAAUUCAAUUCAGUUUAUUUGUAUAGCCCAUUUUCUCAAAUUACAAAUUUGUCUCAUUACAAUCUGUACACAUAGACAUCCCUGUCCCAAAACCUCACGUCGGAUCAGGAAGAACUCCCAAAUAACCCUUCACGGGGGAAAAAAGGGAAGAAACCUUCAGGAGAGCAACAGAGGAGGAUCCCUCUCCAGGAUGGACAGGUGCAAUAGAUGUCAUGUGUACAGAGGGACACACGCUAAUAUGAAUUGUUCCAGCAAUGUUUUUGUUAUUGUUUAUGAAGUAUUUCCAAUUUAGAAGAGAUUACAUGAUAUAUUUUUUCAUGAAACGGUACAUCAUCAAGAAAAUCCAUCAAGUUUUGUUUAACUCUUUUUUAUCCUAAAUACUACUGUUUUCAACAAUAUGUCUUUGAAACAAUUAUCUCCUAAAUCAUUCUAAAAUAUUUGCAGCACAAUGAGCUCAUCGUUCAUCCAAAUGUUUGACCUGCUAAAUGAAAAACAGUUGACAUGUUUUUGAAUACUAAAAUAAAUGGAUUUUGAACCAUGAUAAUUAGCCUUAGAACCCUCUUUAUACUGUUGUUGGGUCACUUAUGGUGUUAUCCGGUUGAAAAGUAUUUUCUUUUACUUGCAGCAUUGAACUGUUUUGAUCGUACUAUAUUUUGUGAUUGCGUAGAGUAGAUGAUGGUGCUCUUAAUGUAUUAUGCUAAUAAUAAAAGAAAAAAUAAUGAAUUACAGUU